AUGAAGGACAAACGUUCUGAGGACACCCUUAUACCAUCUGCCAUACCUGUUCGGACAAACAGCGGUGGAAAAGCUCGAGUCCAGACCUCAGGAAGACGACGAUCCAAACCAUUAGCACUUGUCAGUGAUACUUUCAACAAAGUCAUUGACAAGACAUUUUUGGGUAACAAAUCAAAAGUCUGUCCAAUCUCAACAAGCCAGUCUCAAGAUUUAACAGUGCAAGAAAACAGGAAUUCUGAAGUUGUGCAAAAAUUGAAGAAAUCUUAUUCUUGCGGUGAUAUUUUUAGAGGCAACCCAGUUUGUAGGUUGAAUGAUCCUGGUUGUUCUAAGAUACCAAUAGUAUAUACUAAGGUGACCUGUACAAGGGUUAAAAAGUCACUGUCCAUGGUUGAAAGAAAGAACCAAAAGACAGAGGGCUCUAGGAUUCCAAAGCGGUCUAAAAGCGUGACAUUUAAUCCCUAUGUAACCCAGCACAUGGACUCUGAUAAUUAUUCUGAUGAUUUGAAAGAGAACAUAGUUAGGCCUGAGCAAACUGGAUCAAAGAAUAAACCUGUGGAAUUCUCCAGAACUGGUGACACAGAUACCUGUACCAAAGAUAAAAGAUAUAUGAAACAAAGAAGCAAAAGUUGCCCUUCUAUUCAGUUACUUCCCUUGUCCAGUAGUAAUGGUACAGAUUCCAACACCAGGGGUUCCACACAUCCAUGGCGUAUGAGGAGAAGUGUUAGUGUGAUUGAGAGCAUACUGGAGGAGGAAGAAGAGGAAAAUUUUAAAUCCUCGAUCACAGAAUCCUCCGAGGAUUCACAGCUUGGGGAUCAGAAAGAGACUACCUCAUCCUCCAGGCCCUCUGAGGAUUUGGGACGGGAGGACAUCUGGGAAAGUGUUGAAGUCAAGUGUGUAGAUAUAAAACCUGCAACCUCGGAGUCGGAGUGCGAGGAAAGCUCUGACAACAGUGAUAUUGUGGAAGAGAUAGCAAAGUCUACAGUUUUGGUGUGCCGUCACCCUAGCUGUAUGGAGGUGAAUCAGGAGAGGCCAUUCCUGCUGUGUAGAGCCUGUGACAAGGACAUCCACAGCUCCGCCGAGAAUGGCGGCCAUCUUGUAUUUGACCUGGCCGGCCAGAGGAGAAGCGUUGCUGCCACAUUGUCUUCAGAAAUGUCGUCUUCAAGAUCCACAUCCAAUGAAACUAACGGGUCUGACAAUCACCAAUCAUUGGACAGUUCCGCAACCAAUGGGAUAAUUGUAAAUCAUCAGCGAAUGGAAAGUUCUGAAACAUCGUCAAGUGUUGAUGGGAAAUCUCAGAGUGAUAAUGAUACAAAUAACACUGAUGGAAAUUUUGAUGAUCCGGAUGGAAUGUAUGUUAAAAAAGGAGAGUUGGAUGGACAGGGUAAUACAGCUAGAGCCUCAAAAUUCAGACGGAAAAAAGCAGUGAAAGGUCGCCGACAUCACACUGAUGAAGAUCCCGAUCCCUACACAUCAGGUCAGAGACGAGGCAGUUUAAAUGUGGACCUCAUGAACUUGAUGACGGGGAUAAACCACAGAAAAUCUGACAGUGCCAUCGCCACUCUGUACCCCCAAACUAAUCAAACCACCUCCAGAAACUCUGCUGAACUUGAUGCCUAUGAAGGUUCUAACUCCUCUGCUAAAAGCAUUUCACAACUCCGUCGACAUUCAAUGUAUCAGGUGAACAUCAAUGAUGAACUUAUAAGUGUCCACAUUCCGAUGGAAGAAGGAAAACAACCAGAAAUGGAGAUUGUUGCUGCAAUUCGGAACUCAACUCUAAGAGAUGCUAUAUUCCCAUUGCUAGAGAGGCGUCGUGUUGAUCCAGCCACUGUCAGUGUCUUUCUGGAUUCGUCCCACACACCUUUACCAUGGAACUGUGAAAUUUUCUUACUAGGAGGCAAAAACCUUCACAUCAAAAACAAGGAUGGAGAAAAUAUAUUGAGCCGAGCAAAGAGUUCAGGAAUCCCCAGAAUACCCCACCUAAAAGAUAACCGUCCCUAUAAAGCAGUUGGGCACUAUGUGAAGCACUCUAGCCCAGCGCGAAGCUCAGGUGGUAAGGGUCAGAUAGGCCUACAGCACAUCACACUGAGCCACCAUAGGAAAUUCCCAAAACGUUUGGUCUUAACUGCUAGACCUGACCACCCUCUUGCUCAGGGUGAGGAUUUGACCCUGCCAAAGAGCAACACCCAUUUGCCCUUUAUGGACGAAACGUCAAUUUCAAGCCAGCGUUCGAGACGGAUGAACCUAUCAGUAGAUGACAGCAGUUCGCUGGGUUCACAGUCCAUCAGCCCAUAUGGAUCCUGGUCGUCCUUUGAAAAGAAGUCCUCGCGUCCUCAGACCAAACUUCAACAGCUGUUCAACCCGCUCAAUAAAGAUCGUGAAAAACAAGAGCAGCUGAACGAGGUGUUGACUGGUUACAGUACAAAUGGUCUCCCAGGCUUACCAGACUUGAUGCGUAUCCCAGGACAGCCUGUCUACCCCACGGAGCUUUUUGAGCUGGAGGCACACUGGAGUUCACUGGUCGCCAAUGCUUCCAGUCUGACAAAAAGGCAGCAUGAUCAGCAAGAGGCUAUCUGGGAACUGCUUCAGACAGAAGUUCAGUAUAUCAAGUCUCUCAAAGUUAUCACAGAUCUCUUUAUCUCAGUCUUGUUAAAUUUGCAACAAGAGUUGGUGUUAAAUGAGAUUGAGACAGAAAAAUUGUUCAGCAAUAUAAACCAGAUUUACCUAGCCAACUGCAAAUUCUGGAAAGAGCAUUUUCUGACAGUUCUAGAAAGUACAAGGGAAACUAGGAAACCUCUAGAUCCAUCACUGAUGAAAGAUGGUUUUAAAAAGUUUGCUGAUAACUUCAAACCUUAUACCAAAUACUGCUUAGAACAAAAACCAUGCCUGGAUUACAUGAAGGCCAGGUAUAAGGACAAUGAUCUCUUCAAAGCCUUUGUUGUGUGGGCAGAAGCUCAGAAGCAGUGCAAUAGGCUAAAACUGACAGAUUUGCUGGUUAAACCGAUGCAACGGCUGACAAAGUAUUCCCUCCUACUGCAAGCUGUACUCAGAAAAACAGAGGACGAUAAGCAACGCAGAGCCAUCUUAGAAAUGAUAGGAAAUGUGGACCGUUUUGUUACUCAUGUGAAUGGGGAGCUGAGAAAGUGUCAUGAGCAGGAGCGGCUGGGGGCCAUCAUCAGUAAGAUAGAGUCCUAUGAUGCGGUGGAGCCCCCCAAUGACGAGUGCAAAGAGGUGAUCCAGCAGUACAGUGAGCUGAACCUGUGGGACCCCAUGCCUGGCUGUAACGCUCAACAACCCCGCUGUGUCAUCAUCCAGUCCGGGCUCAAGCUGAAGGAUGCUCAGAUGAGGGUGGAUGUGGAGUGCAUGUUGUUCACUGACCUGUUACUGCUGUGUAAAGCCAGCAAGAGGAUGGACAAGUUCAAGGUCAUCAAACCUCCCAUGAGAGUGGACAAGAUUGUUGUCCAGGAGCUUAAAGACAAAGGGAGCUUCUUACUGCUGUACUUAAAUGAGUAUCGUGUGCCCGUGUCAGCAUUCACCUUCCAUGGAGACAACGCCUCAAUACGUGUCUGGAUUGAACACAUUAAAAAAGCUCAGAGGGGCAUCCAGUAUGGUGGGAUGAUGGAGACGGGGAGAGGGGUGCGGGCUUGA